CAGAAUUUAUGAUGCGGCUGCAACCCACUUGGAAUUAUCACUUGGUUAGGAAUUAUGUGGAGAACCGGCCACGCUAUUCCGGGUUUCCAUUCGACAAACUUUUUCCUGAUGUGCUUUUCCCAUUAGACUCUAUUGACAACAGUCGUCUUAAAGCAAGCCAAGCUGACUUGCUCUCACAGAUGCUAGUUAUCGAUCCGGAAAAGAGAAUUUCCGUUACAUCAAUGUUUGGUACGAUGAAGGAGAAGUCAAUGCUCCUGCACCUAGUCCACUCAGUAGACGAACGUGAACAUUCAGUUGAACAGUGGAAGGAGCUUAUAUACCAAGAAGUCAUGGAGUAUGAACACUCACACAAUGGUAGCCAACAACCUCGUCCUUCUGCGUCGGCCGAGGACGAAUCGGCAGCUUCAAGAGGUAGAGCUGUUACAAAAUUCGUGCUUGUCAUUUGUCAUUUAUCAUCGAACGUUCUGGCCUGAUCGAGGGUUGUUUUCAAAAGCUGGUCUUAUGAGCAAUGCAACAUCUCCGCCCAUAACCUCA